AUGGUAGUGGAGGGACGCGGGUGCUGUAAAAUGCCUUGCGAAAGCUGCGCCGUGCAGUUCAGCAUGUUCAAGCGUAAGCGAGCAUGCAGCGAAUGCGAGAGGUUCUACUGCAGCAGCUGCUUGCGGCGAGGCGGCGGCGCCAUGUGCGCUCCCUGCCGGGUGCUGUCCACCCGUCCGCUCACCAAACAGGCUAUAUCCCACUUGAAAGUGCGCGACGUACAGUGCUUCUUACAGCGACAGAAUGUCUCCACCAGGGGCUGCGUUGAAAAGGAAGAGUUGCUGAACUUGUGUGUGUCACACGUAAACAGCACUGCAUACAGACGCCGGGGCUCGCGCACCGGUGCCAGCCCGUUCAGUUCACUGAAAGGAUUCACAAGCAACAUCAAUGACUUCAUCAACUCUGCUUUUGACAUGCGCAACAACCCACAGCCACCACAGCCCGCCGCUAGAGGAUGUGCCAGCAAUUGCUUCAACUCUGCUCAUGUCCACAAUAACAUAAGUGGUGAAGUUCCUUCUAAUCGUCAGAGGCCACAAGGAGAACGGUUUACAACUACACCAGGUGGAGAACCCGACAUUUGUGUACCCGUCCCGGAGUCGUCAGUGUCCCGCAGCGUGUCCGCCGAGAGCGCGCGCGUCGACACUGCUGACUGUUUCGAAAUCGAAGACCUGGAUGACACUGGCUGGGAGUUUGUCAACCGACCUGCUGAUCCCUUGCCAAAUGACUCGGAGGUGUUGCUGAGUACGUCGGCCAGCUUCCAGCGUCGCACUAGUGGGGGAGAGCGGGAAGCGGACCGGCCGCCCGAACAUGCAACCGAGCGUAGGACGGAACGAAGGGCGGAGCGGCCAGCCGACCGGGCGGCGGAGCGCAGUACGGAGCGAGACGAGCGCAGUACGGAGCGAGACGAGCGCAGUACGGAGCGAGACGAGCGGGAGGAGCGAGUGGUGGAGCGCGCCGCGUCGGAGCUGGAGCUGCGGUCGCCGGCGGCGCGCUCGCACGACUCCGUGAGUCUGCACGACGCGCCGCUCCUGGACCGCGAGGAGCUCAGCCACCACGGUACACCUAAACACAUAAGUUUAGAACAAUUCAAGCGGCCGUCGGACCUGGACGUGCUGAACGUGAAGCAGCUAAAGGAGCUGCUGGUGCGGAACCGCGUGGAGUACAGGGGCUGCCUAGAGAGGAAGGACCUGCUGGAGCGCGCCAAGACGCUGUGGAGGAACCACGCCCAGUACUGCGACGACGUGGACAACCUGCCGGCGGAGGAGUGCUGCAAGAUCUGCAUGGCGGCGCCGCUGGAGUGCGUGCUGCUGGAGUGCGGCCACAUCGCGGCCUGCACGGCCUGCGCCAAGCAGCUGGCCGAGUGCCCCAUCUGUCGCCAGUACGUGGUGCGCGCCGUGCGCUUCUUCCGCUCCUGA